AUGCAUUCUGGUAAACCUACAAGCUCAAAAAACAAAAAGAAUAAUACACAAUUAGAUUCUAAUUCAAGUUCUGAUGAUUCUCUAGAAUUAAGCAAGAAAUGUAAAAGGGUACACAAAAAUUUAGGUUCUUACAAAAAUUUAGAUUCAAGACCAAUCAAAGGUAUAAAAUUAAGUUUAUCUAACAAUGACUUUUAUAUUUCGAAUGCAAACAAUGAAGAGGAAAUUUUAAAUAAAAAUAAUUCAAGUUCUGAUAAAAUUUUUUCUAGCACAAAUAGUGUUACAAAUUUAGGUUCUAAUCAAAGUGGAUCAAGCAAGAAACAUAAAAGGGUACACAAAAAUUUAGCAAACAAUGAAGAGGAAAUUUUAAAUGAAAAUAAUUCAAGUUCUAAUGAAAUUUCUUGCACAAAUGGUGGGAAAAAAGUUACAAAUUUAGGUUCUAAUCAAAGUGGAUCAAGCAAGAAGAAACACAGAGAGUCUUCUAAGUAUCCCAUAAAUUUGGAUAAUUUAAAAUCAAGCAAACAUAAAGACCUGGAAGAGCCAAGCAAAAAUUCAAAAAAUAAGGAGUUUUCCAGAAAUGAGAAGAAAGCAAAAAAUCAAACCCAACUAAAAAAUCGAAGAAAUCAAAAAGUUUGA